AUGGAGCGAUGCUCUAGGUAUGACGAGCGCAGGAAACCGCUUAACAAAGCUGCUAGCUUCUCCAUAUUUACCCCGUGCUGCAGUUAGCUUGCUUUUGUUUCUAAAAAAGUGGGUCAAAUAUUAUAUGUUAUCUUACAAGAGGCUUUUAAGGAAGCCCCCAAGUAAAGUUACGUAUUUAUGACUCACUGACGAUAGUACUUGUGUAGUUUUGGCUGGCGCUGAUAGAGAGGGACGCCACACCGAACUAAAAAAACAGCGUUUCUCAGCAUCUGCUAUCCUCGGAAAAACUGUGAUAUCAUGUCAAUUUCUUGGCGAAUUACAGUAAACUAAUGGGUUACAACGAGUUAGCAAGUAUGCCGAAUUAAUUUUAAGGUAGUUUUCUGUCAAGAUAUGAACGAUAUAUGCUGUAAAGGCGAUUUAAAACCCAUAUGUAAGGGAAAAACCUUUAAACAGUCAGUUAUUGUAUUGAGCAAGGUUGGAAUAGUCUGUUGACUUUUGGUUCUCGCUUUUUCCCUACUUUCCCUUUUUCUUUUAGUUUUAAUUCUGGUUUCUUUGGUUUAAUUUUAUCCAUAGAAAAUAAAAUACUUAGUUUUACUUUAUUUAUAAUGAAAUACUUGUGAGGGUUGAGACCAAAAAAAGAAAUGAAAUAGAAAAUGAAAAUAAACUUAAGGCAUUUUCUGCUUGCUUCAGGUGAUAUGUAUAUUUUGGAAACCCUUGCAUUUUACUUUCAUUUCCGGUUAAGAAACAGUUUUUAACACUGAAUUUUCCAUUAUUUUGUUCGGUUUUGUGCAUGAUAAUAACCAUAGUGAUAACCCUGAUGCAAUUCAGUUUUGCUGUAUUUCAAUCGCAAACUGCUGCUUUGACUGCAUGCUUCAUUUCAGUUAGAGCUUGAGCAGAAUAAAAAGGUUCAUAUAUUUUAAAUACAAUGUCAUAAGCCCUCUGUUUAUCCUCUUUUCUCCCAUUUAUGUCCUAUUUUGUCAUCUCUGUAGUGUCAGCAGGGAUGAUUCAGCUCCUUGCUCCUCACCUCCUCCAGCAUCUCCUCCUCACAUCCUCCCUUCACCUCGUCAUCCCCCUCCUGUCCCUUCCUCCUCGCCCCUAUCAGCCCUGACUCCUCUUCCCCCUCCCGUACAAAGAGGUUCGAGUCUUGUGGGCGCUAUGGUGGACGUCAGUAAGUGGCCCCUGUUCUCCCUGCUGAGCAAUGAGGAGCUGUCCACAAUCAGACAGGCCUGUGUGUUUGGAAUCUACGCUAAUGAAGCCAUCUACAUAACGCAUUCCAAUGAGGUGAGGGGGGUUUAUGGGACAUCAGCAGGUCACACAGGUACUAAAAAUGACAAAAAAGGAGCUGUCAAUCUUGUUGUUGAUUGUUUUGUUUGUGGUCACAGGUCAGUAAGUCAAAAACUCCUCACAGACACUCAAAUUUAUCUUAUUUACUUGUACCUUAUUUAAAUUUUUUGCACACCCACUGACAACUACAACUCCCUAACUUUCAUAUCUGUUUAUCACAUGUGCGUUAUUGUUUCCAGGUGUUUGUUUUCGGCUGUAACAGCAGCAGCUGCCUCGGCACAGGAGACAGCCUGAGCACCAUCGUGCCAAAGAAACUAGACUUUCUACGAGGGAAGAAGGUGGUCAGCUUGAGCUACGGUAGUGGACCACAUGUCCUGUUAGCCACAGAGGGUAGGUCAUGACAUGCUGUAUGUUAGUAGUUAAAAGAAUAAUCAAGUCUGGGGUCAUGUGCUCACCUGUCAAGAAUAAAUUCACCUGUCUCUCCGGUAAUUAAGAGCAGAUAACUAACUUGAGAUGUGGGGGAUUUCUUUACCUUGCAGCCACAGAAAAGGUCCUCAUAGAGAGAUAAUGUUUGAAAUAAGGUGCUCCUCUAAUCUGUGUGUUGAUCUGUGUAGAUGGACAGCUGUUCGCCUGGGGUCAUAAUGGUUACAGCCAGCUGGGGAACGGGAACGCCAACCAGGGCUUGACCCCUCUGCUCGUCACCUCUAACCUUCAGAGCAAGAAAGUAGUCCAAGUGUCGUGUGGCUCACAUCCUCAAUGGCUCUCACUCACGAUGGAGAGGUAGGGGUUAACUCUGACUCUCUGGGUACACGUGUUUGAAUUCGUUUUACUGAUCAAAACCUGAUACUUGAUUUUGUUUUGAAUGAGAUUACUCCUCAUGCGAUUCCAAAUGAAAUAAAAAAUAGGUGACAUAUUCUGAAGAAAUACUGUACAAUCGGCCAAAUAAUUAGAUAACAGUAAUUAAUCACUACUAAUUCUAAGCAGAAGCGCUGCUCUAGUUUGCUUGUGUUUCAUAGUGAAAGCCUCAGUGCUCCUGCUCCACCAGCUUCAGGUUAAGCAGCUUACUCUUAAACCAGAUGCACUAAAGCUAAUUAGGCCGUGAGUGUGUGUUUGUGUGUGUGAGUGAGCGAGUGACUUGCAGUAAAAAGGGGUGCUGUGUGAAAGGUUUCUACCUGUCUGGCUUUUCCCAACUUGUGUCACCAGAAAAUGGUGCUUUGGAGAUAGAAAAUGAUCUAAAAGUGAAGGAUUUGGGGGUGUUUUUGUGGUUUUUACCUCCAGGAUUCAAAGAUGCUUUUGUUGUCAAACACUCUAAGAAAGUGUGAUAAGUCCAGCAGGGCUAAAUACCAGUUUAAUCCAUCCACACAUUUAAAAAAAAAAAACCUCUACCUUGGUUGAUUUUGACCCGUAUUGUGUCCUUCCCUUCUCAUUCUCCCAGGUCUAUGCAUGGGGUUACAACAACUGUGGUCAGGUCGGCUCAGGAAACUCAGCCAACCAACCGUACCCUCGCCGAGUGACCGGCUCCUUGCAGGGCAAGACCGCGAUCAGCAUCACCUGCGGGCAGACGUCCUCCAUGGCUCUGAUCGACAACGGAGAGGUGAGGAUGCUCAACGUCCUGAUUGUUUCAGUCACACCGCCUUAAAGCUCCCACACUGACAGGACUACUGUUUGUUGUUAUCCAGGUUUACGGCUGGGGCUACAACGGAAACGGACAGCUGGGUAUCGGUAACAACGGGAACCAGCUGCAGCCCUGCCGCCUCACUGCGCUGCAAGAGCUUUGUAUUUCACAGGUCAGGAAACAACCUGUUGCAAAGAAACCCAUUUUAAUUGAUAAAAAUGGUGGCAUCAAAUGGAUGAAUACACUGUGAAGUUUUGCUGUGUGAAAAGGCAGUUUCUCUACCCUCUUCACAGUUGUCACAGGCAUUCAGAUUUACAGUAUAAGAAUGGUCAGUCUUGUCUUGAUGGUUUAUUUUCCUUUUUGCAUCGUUAAAAUGCAUCAGUGUCCAUUUUAGUCUGUUUCAUAACCAAAAAAAACUUUAAAUUAAAAUAUCUUAAGGCAGUGGUUCUCAAGUCCAGUCCUCGAGGUCCACUGUCCUGCAUGUUUUUGAUGUUUCCCUGCCCCAACACACCUGAUUCAAAUGAUCAGCUCGUUAGCAAGCUCUGGAAUGGCUUACUAACGAGCUGAUCAUUUGAAUCAGGUGUGUUGGAGCAGGGAAACAUCCAAAACAUGCAGGACAGUGGGCCUUGAGGACUGGACUUGAGAACCACUGGCUUAAGGUAUUAAAAUCAAGCAGUCAUUUGUUAAUACAGUUCAUUAAAAUGAUAAUUAACUGUAUUAUAUUAGUAUAAUAACAUCCACAGCAAUCUCUCAGGCUUUAAGCUCAGUAACAGCUUCAAUCAUGAGGGCCGCACUCCCUGAUUUGCAUAAGCAAGAUAUACAAAAAAAAACUUUUAGGUGAGGAUUUAUAUUAAUUAAACAUGACAUACUUGUGUCAGUUGCUGUUUAGGGUCUAAAAGAGUGACUUUGCGAAGCGUGCAGCAGCCCUGGUUUGACAUGACUCAGUCGUGACUCAAGUUUUCCCUGUUUCCCAGAUCGUGUGCGGCUACGGUCACUGCCUGGCACUAACAGACGAAGGGCUGCUCUACGCCUGGGGAGCCAACACCUACGGCCAACUGGGAACCGGCAACAAGAGCAACCAGCUCAGCCCGGUUCAGGUCAUGCAAGACAAAGAGAGGUAGGAGAGUUAAGCUCAGAGCAAGAGAGUUUCUUCCCUUCCUGUCAAGAUGUAAACUUCCUGUUUCCUGUCCUUGUUUCUUCUCCUGCACCUCGACUUCUCUGUAUGUGUCGGUGUACAAAAGACUAAAACACUCCGACUUUUUCAUGUGAUUCUUUUCAUAUUUGGAGAUGAAGGCUGACUUAUUUAUUCAUUAAGCUCUUGUUGAACAGGGUUGUAGAAAUCGCAGCAUGCCAUUCAACACAUACCUCAGCAGCCAAAACCCAAAGUGGGCAGGUAUUUAUGCAUUUGGUCUCAUUCACCUUCACUACUGUCCAGUUUUCUUAAGUUUUGAUGGUGUUAAUACAUACUUAUAAUCCUGAUCUAUCAAUUAAUUUUUAUUUUAUUUGUUAUUUUAUUUUUAUUCUCCCAGGUGUACAUGUGGGGUCAGUGUCGCGGUCAGUCCAUCGUCACGCCGCACCUCACAUACUUCGCAAGCACUGACGAUGUCUUUGCCUGUUUCGCCACUCCCUCCGUCAUGUGGAGGCUCACGUCUAUGGGUGUGUCCCCAUUGUUUCCGGUCACUCUGUUUUAAGUUUACUUCCUUUAAGAACCAAGAAUGACAAAGGUUUCUUUGUCCUUUCUUUUUUUUUUUUCCAGAGCAUGAUGAUUUUCUGACCGUGGCGGAGGCUCUGAGGAAAGAGUUUGACAGUCCAGAAACAGCCGAUCUUAAAUUCAGUGUUGAUGGAAAAUGCAUUCACGUACACAAAGCAGUGCUGAAGAUCAGGUUUGUGUUUUUAUACACUCUGCUGAGGUGUUAUUGAAGCUGGCUGAACGGACUUCAGGUCAAAUCAAGCACAAUAUCAUGGUCGUAAAACUAUUUGGUAGUUUUGGCGCUGUGGGCAGGUGCUAAGUACCUUUGGAAAAGGAAAUCCGCAUCUCUUUUCAUGUACCAUAUGUGUAAAAAUAUGUUGUUUUUGAUGUUUUGUGUAGGUGUGAGCAUUUCCGCUCCAUGUUUCGCUCCCAGUGGACAGAAGAUCAGCAGGACGUGAUCGAGAUCGGACAGUUCUCUUACCCGGUCUACAGAUCCUUCCUGCAGUUUCUCUACACAGAUACUGUCGACCUUCCACCUGAGGAUGCCAUCGGUCAGCAUACAGACAGAUGUUUGAUCUCUUUAACCAGUGAAGAUGUGUAUCAUGGUGUGAUUAUGCUGCAUCUUUGUGUGUGUGUGUGCGUGUACGGCUGCAGGCCUGCUGGAUUUAGCCACCUCUUACUGUGAAAACCGCCUGAAGCGUCUGUGUCAGCAGAUCAUCAAGAGAGGGAUCACGGUGGAAAACGCCUUCACGCUGCUAUCUGCCGCCAUUCGAUAUGACGCUGAGGUAAGUGUUGAGGAUCUGAUAUAUUUACAUGGAUCUGAUUCAUUAAGGAUAUAUUCAGGGAUGGGAAUCGAGAACUGGUUCUUGUUGAGAACCGGUUCCAAAUGGUUCAAUCCCUCAACAUUAUUUACGUUUUAUCCUAACGAUUCCUUUCUUCCGGGUGCCCUGAAAAACAGUCUCGCCAUCUUACGCAAACGGGAACAGAGACAGAGGAAAUAACAUGGCGAAUGAUAUGAAAAGGAGGCAGUAACGAGCUAAAGCGUGGCUUAAUUUUACUAAGAAAGAUGACAACAGGGCAACAUUUGUCGAGCAGUGAUGACAUGCAAAGGUGGAAACACCAGCAACAUGCUUCAACAUUUGUCAACGGGGCACGGCAUCAAAUAUAAGGAGUCACAUGUAUUCAAUGCUCUCCUCUGGUGUUGUGUUGUAGAAUGCACCCCUGCCGUAGAAUGCAUCCCGACCAAAAAAAAAAAAAAAAACCUCUGUAAAAAAAUGCUGUACAAAUAACAUUUUUGUUUGAUUAUUUUAGACUCUCACUAGUCUACUAGUCUACUUUUUUUUAAUCUAAGAAAGGCAUUGAUAAGGGAAUCGUUAAAGAAUUGAAUCGAUAAGCAGAAUCGAUAAUGGCAUCGAUAUCAAUAAACUCCUAAACUUGUCAUUUGAUUCCCAUCCCUAGAUAUAUUUGCAGAGGCUUUCCAUACAGGACUGUCUUGUCUUUUUUUCUUUCUAGGACCUGGAGGUGUUCUGUUUCAGGUUCUGCGUCAACCACCUGACUCAGGUCACCCAAACUGGAGCUUUCUGGCAGGUAGACGGCGGGAUGCUGAAAGAGUUCAUCAGCCGAGCGAGCCGCUGUGGAGCCUUCAAGAACUGA